AUGAUGGAUCAACUGAAGGAGCAGAGCAAGAAGGCGAGCGACAAGCUCGAGAACUUUGCCAAAAAGACACAACAAGAGCUAGAAAAGACCAGUAAAAAAGCACAAAAAAGUAUCGAAAAGGCUGCCAAGCAGACACAACAAGAGCUAGAAAAGACCAGUAAAAAGGCGCAGGAGUGCACCGAAAAAGCGGCCAAACAGGCCAAAGACAGUAUCAACAAGAGCACGGAACAGGUCAAGAAAGCCAUUGAGAGGGAUAGCGGUCAAAUGAACUCGGCUCGAGAGUCUAUUCAUAUUGAUAUCAAGGACAAGAAGAAAAAGGCCAAAUUACGUCGUAAGGACUCGAGCGACGAAGACACCGACGAAGAGGACGGACUAUUACACGACAUUGGUGACGAGUUCGACCAGCUCACGCUUAAUCAGCGUGCACUGUGCGCCGUUGGCUGCUAUGUGCUCAGUGGUCUCUUCGCCUUCGCAGCCACGGUGAUGCUGUUCACGGGUGUGCACCACGUGCGCUUUUACGCACUCUUCUAUUCGCUGAGUAACGUUGCCACCUUCUGCAGUCUCAUUUUCAUUAUGGGUCAAAAUCGUCUUCAGAAACGUAUGCUUUCGAGCAAACGAAGCGUGACUGGUCGUGCGUGGAUGGGUUCUAUGGCGCUCACGAUCACUGUGGCCUUCUUUUGGUCUUCACACUGGUUUAUUGUGAUCGUACUGCUUCUGUUGCAGUUUGGUAGCAUGAUCUGGUACAGUACUUCAUACAUCCCUUUCGGACGUAAGUUUCUGCACAAGUACAUGGCUAAGAGAAUCGUGCUGGUAGAUGCCAUGGAUGGCAAAAUCGAUGGUAAGUAA